AACUUCAUUUGUAUUUGGUUAUGAAUCAAUGCAUUUUUUUAUAUCGUUCACUGCACCUGUCUUGCAGGUAUCUUCCCUGGUGUUUGCUUCCAAGAGAAUAUAAGGAAAUCGCAAAUGUGAAAAAAAGAGUUCUAUAAAAUAAUUGAUAAACUUAUCCAGGAACACCAGAAAACAUUUAAUGAAAACAACUUGCGGGACUACAUGGAUGUCUAUUUAAAAGUGAUGAGGCAGGAUAAUUCGAGUGAAUCAUUUACAUUGGAACAUCUGAGGAGCAUCAGUUCGAAUAUGAUCUUUGCUGGUACGGACACUGUAUCCAACACCCUCUAUUGGGGAAUGAAGCUAAUGAUUCUUCAUCCAGAAAUACAGGACCGCAUCUAUAGAGAGAUUGAGGAAGUUGUUGGAAAAGAGAGACUUCCCUCCAAUGCCCAUCGUAACAAUAUGCCGUAUACGGAGGCUACACUAAUGGAACUCCAGCGCUUUGCUAAUAUUGUACCAUUGUCGAUAUUCCAUUCUAAUCCAGUAGAAACAACUUUUCACGGAUAUACUAUUCCAAAAAGAAGCAUUAUCUUGGCAAAUCUAUGGACCGUUCAUCGUGACCCUUUGGAGUGGCCCGAUCCUGACAAAUUUGUUCCUUCACGGUUCCUAGAUCAUGAUGGAAAAGUUGUCCAAAAGAAAGGUUACAUCCCUUUUGGUAUUGGAAAACGAGCAUGCCUGGGGAUACCAUUGGCUAAAAUCGAGCUCUUCUUAUUCUUCACUACAAUAUUACAGAGUUACAGAAUAACAGCAACACCUCAAGAAAAUGAAUUUUGUUUAAACAUUCAAAACACUGCCAGUGUUGUGAAGCCCUAUAAAGUGAUAGCAAUUCCACGUAUGUAAAUACUUUAAAAACGCUGGAGAGUAACUUGAACAUGUCAAGAAUAUUUUUAUCUUUGAAAUAUUGUAAUAUAUCUACAUGUUGUUUCCCUAGGUAGAUUAUAACUAGUAAAGCUUUUAAGUAGAUCUGCUGUUAAUUGAAAUUUAAUAUUAAAAGAUAAACUUCAGUACUUAUUUGAUAUAGCUAAUUUCUUUUACUUGGUUUGAAUCAUUUUAAAGUCAUAAAUGAAAUAAAAAUUACAAUAUAUGUAUUUUGUAUGUGCCUCAUCUCAUGCUGCAGGGAGAAACAGUGAUUAAAAUUUUAUUCCAUCAUAUUUAAAUGUAUACACUUUAUAAAAUUCUAAUCCUUAGAAUUAAUAAUUAGGAUUUUGUAAUUUUACUCUGUAAAAUUUUUCUGUGUACAAAGGAUGAAAAGGUGUUUUUACCUGUUAGGGCUAUGCAAAUCUAAACAAAACAAUGAACCUAAAAAACCAAACCAUCUGAGAAUGGGAUACUGUGGCAAAAGUUAUAUAUUAUUAGAUUAGCAUACAUAAACAAUGAUUCUAGUUGAAUGCUCACAGAAUAGCAGUGUCUACAAAUUGCCAUUCAGUUAGGACUAAAAGGUUUGGAUUGACACAAGCUCAAAUAAGGAUUGGUAAAGUUUUAUCAUUUUGUGCUGACAUUCAUAUUUCACAACUGUGUAGCUUCUUUUCUUUCAGCAAUGAAACAUUGUAUCCACUUGGUCCUAGUUAUUUCUUGUUUGUUUGUCAUAAAGCACAAAGCUACACAAUGGGCCAUCUGUGCUUUGCUCACUAUGGGUAUUGAAACCCAAUUUUUAACAUUAUAAGUACCUUUUCCAGUUUAGCUAAUGAAUCAAACCUUGGAACAGUAAACUAUAUGGGAUAAAUCAAAGAUUUACAGUCACACUCUGUUAGGAAAAUAAUCAAAACUUAUAAAUAUGGUUUAGGAAACCUUGAUAGCUUUGAUUAUUUAAACCAUGAAAUACAACUCUCAUCACAUUUAAGACAUUAAAAUCUUUGUAUCAGUGGUUAUCAACUUCUUUUUGAUCUCAUGGAUCUCUCCAGGAACUAAAGACAUUCUCAAGGACCUCGUAUAUACAUAUAUCUCUGGCAAUUGAUCCUACAGUGUGUAAAAGUAACACUGACAUAAAUACAUAUGUAAGUUAAUGAAAUUUUCAAAGAAAACAUUAUUUUCAUUUAUUUGAACACAGUAUAAUUUUCUAUUGUAUCUUAAAUAUAACACGAAAACUUUGGAUUUUUACAUUUGUCAGUUUAACUCAGGCUCUGACAAGUUAAGAGUGAACAUUGAUCUUCAUAUAAAGAAUAAAAAU